UAAUCACACGUGAAACUGCUGUCAACAACGUUAAGCUAACAACAUGCAAACCCUUUUAAUACCAACAACUUACCUUUCUCUCUCCCUCGCCCUCUCCCUCCUUUUGAUCAUACAAUUUCUUCAUCCUUUCAACCAUCGCCACCAUCAUCACCACCGGUUAUCCUGACCCUCCGGCGCAUGGGUCAGCAUAGCCGCCGUGAGUCCUACCCUUCUGCGUCAUACGACUUCCUCCACCAACGCCAUAUUGAAACGGUUAUUGGUGAAGAAGAUGGGCUGGAAUGGCCAUUUGGAAAUGUGGAAAGUAUGAGCGCUGAUGAUGUGAGGGAGACAGCGUAUGAGAUCUUUUUCACGUCAUGCCGAUCAACGCCGGGGUUUGGUGGACGUCAAACGCUGACGUUUUAUUCUAACCAUGACAAUAGUGGAGGUGGUGGAGAUGGUGGAAAGCCGAACCAGACGGUGUCGAAACCAACGAGUAGGGUGAAGAGAGCGUUGGGAUUGAGGUUGAUAAAGAGGUCUCCGUCGAAGAGAAUGGCUGGUGGUGGUGUAAUAUCUUCAUUGCCGUCGUCUCCGGUGGCUGGAGGUAGUCCUCUUUCUCAUACGCCGCCUCCUUUUAGGCCGCGGCGGCCAAUGACUGCUGCCGAGAUUAUGAGACAGCAGAUGAGGGUUACGGAACAUGAUGAUAAUAAAUUGCGCAAGACCCUUAUGAGAACCCUUGUUGGUCAAAUGGGAAAGAGAUCAGAAAUUAUAAUUCUACCAUUGGAACUCAUAAGACACCUAAAGCCAUCAGAAUUCAGUGAUUCAAAUGAGUACCAUAUGUGGCAAAAGAGACAGCUCAAAAUCCUUGAAGCAGGGCUUCUCCUAUACCCAUCACUCCCUUUGGAAAACAACAGCACAUUUGCCUCACGCCUCAGAGACAUCAUAGACAGUGGUGAAUCAAGACCUAUAGAUAUAGGCAAAAAUUCAGACACAAUGAGAACCCUUUGUAACUCUGUGGUUUCCUUAGCAUGGAGAAGUAACAAUGGUACUCCAACUGAUGUUUGUCAUUGGGUAGAUGGAUUCCCUUUCAAUCUUCAUCUAUACACUUCUCUUCUUCAAGCGAUUUUUGAUAUACGGGACGAAACAUUAGUCCUUGAUGAAGUUGAUGAGCUUUUUGAACUCAUGAAGAAAACAUGGUCAACAUUUGGGAUCACAUUGCCAAUUCACAAUAUUUGCUUCACUUGGGUUCUGUUUCAUCAGUAUAUAGCUACUGGACAGAUUGAACCUGAUCUUCUUUCGGCUUCAUAUGUUAUGUUGACUGAGGUUGCAAAUGAUGCUAAGAGGGAGAAGGAAUCUUUGUAUGUUAAGAUUCUUUCUUCGGUUUUGAUUUCAAUGCAGAGUUGGGCUGAGAAGAGGUUGCUCAAUUAUCAUGAAUAUUUUCAAAGAGGGAAUGCUUCUCAGAUAGACAUCCUUUUUCCUGUCGCGUUGUUAGCUUCAAAGAUUUCGGGAGAAGAUCUUACAAUCACGGAUGGUGAAAAGGGUGAGAGAGGAGACUUUACCAUUGUGGAUUCGUCUGGUGAUCGCGUUGAUAACUAUAUUCGUUCAUCCAUGAAAAAUGCAUUUGAAAGGGUAUUGGAGGCAGUGAAUGCGAGAUAUGGUGAGUUUGAAAGAAAUAAAGAAUUGAGUGAAGUUCUGCUUCAAUUAGCUCACGAGACUGAAGUUUUGGUGAUGAAGGAAAGACAACUUUUCAGUCCAAUACUAAGGAAAUGGCAUCCAACAGCAGGUGCAGUUGCAGCAAUGAUGCUGCACACAUGUUAUGGCCAAGUUCUGAGGCAGUAUGUUAGUGAAGUGAAUUCAUUGACAUCUGAAUCAGUUCAAGUAUUGCAAAGGACUGGUAAAUUUGAAAAGCUAAUUGUCCAAAUAGUUGUUGAAGACUCUAAUGAGUGUGAUGAUGGUGGAAAAACAGUUGUGGGAGAAAUGGUUCCUUUUGAUGUUGAUUCAAUGAUUUUAAGUCUUCUUGGAAAAUGGAUCGAUGAAUCACUCAGUAAAGGCAAAGAGAGUUUGCAAAGGGCAAAAGAGACUGAAACAUGGAAUCCAAAGUCUAAAACAGAACUAUAUGCACAAUCAGCUUCUGAGCUAAUGAAAUUGGUAGAGACGAUCGUGGACGAAUUCUUCCAAGUUCCAAUAGCAAUUACAGAAGAUUUAGUUCAAGACCUUGUUGAUGGAUUGGAAAUCCUCUUCCUAGACUACAUGAAAUUUGUUGCAUCAUGUGGUUCAAAACAAAGUUACAUUCCUUUACUUCCUCCAUUGACAAGAUGCAACCGGGACUCAAGAUUCCUCAAGCUAUGGAAGAAAGCUGCUCCAUGCGGUUCUAAUAAUGAAGGCACGUAUCAAAUUAAUGGAACACACGAAAGUCACAAUCCUCGUCCUUCAACUAGCCGAGGAACACAACGCCUCUACAUUCGUAUCAACACCUUGCACUAUCUCAUGACUAACAUCCACUCCCUUGAAAAAGCUCUAGCAAUGAACCCUGGUGUUGUACCUUCUAACCGUCUUCGGUUCACAAACAACCGCAGGGCACAAAACAACAACAAUUCAUAUUUUGAAUCCCUUAACUUGUCUAUUCUAGCAGCAUGCCGCCAUGUCUCAGAAGUCACUUCAUACCGUCUUGUAUUCCUCGACUCAAGUUCUGUCUUCUACGACAGGCUCUAUGUUGGCGGUGUAACAAGGGGUCACAUUAGGCCUGUGGUAAGAAACCUAAAGCAGAACCUGAUACAAAUGUCAACAAUUUUAACAGAUAGAGCUCAACCAUUGGCAACAAAAGAAAUAAUGAAGGCUUCAUUCGACGCAUUCCUUAUGGUUUUGCUUGCUGGUGGAACCUCAAGGGUGUUUCACAGGCAUGAUCAUAUGGCACUCCGAGAUGAUUUUGAGAAUUUGAAGAGAGUUUUCAGCAACAAUGUGGAAGGUUUGAUAGCAGAAAAUGUUGUGGAUGGAGAGGCUGCAGUGGUGCAAGGAGUGAUUGCAUUGAUGGGACAAAGUACUGAACAGUUGAUGGAAGAUUUCACUAUUGCUGCAUGUGAAUCAAGUGGAAUAGGUAUGAUGGGAAAUGGACAAAAGUUACCAAUGCCUCCUACUACAUGCAAAUGGAAUAGAGCAGAUCCUAAUACAAUGUUGAGGGUUUUGUGCUAUAGAAAUGAUGGUGCUGCAAAUCAGUUUUUGAAGAGAACAUUUCAGUUAGCUAAGAGGAGGUAGUAAUAAUAUAAUGUAACUAAAAAAGAAGGACAAGAUAUUGGUGAAAUGAUGAAAUCAUAGAUCUGAAUUGUCAAUGCAAUUUUGUUGUAUGAUUCUUAUGAUCUUCAAGACAAAGAAGAAGUGAAGAACUUGUGAAAUUUUGGUGAUGGGAAAUGGAUGUUGUAUCUAUUCAUUUUUAUGAUCAUGGGAAGGAGAGGGAGCACAUGUGUAUUUGGAAAAGGACAUAAGUUGUGGA